GCUUCCGAAACUUCUCGCGCUUAUCAUCCGCGGCGGGAAAUCGAUUCGACCGUGAGUUUCGAUCAAGAUUAAUCGAGGGAUAAUCGAAUUGGAAAGCCGGCAAGACUGAAAUUAGAUCAAGUAUAAUGAAAAGAGGAGAUUUAAAGUUUGUUCAAAAUUGUGGCGAGUGCUUAGCCUUAGAACAACUGACGUUGAAGUUAAAAAUAAAUAGAGGAUGGAAAAUAAAUUAGCCCAGGUAUAUCCCGACCGAGGCACUCGAAGAAUUCUUUUCUGAUUUCAAAUCUUGAACAGUGAUGAAAACUUCUCACAGGUUUCUGUGAAUACCACGGAAGAGCUUGGAAAAAAAAAAAAAAUACAGCAAAAGGGAUGACGCAACGUGGAUGAAAAAAGAAAAUCAAAAUAGGGAAAGAACAUCAGGAAAUCUCCUCCCACUUCGUUAACGCGAAGUUGAUUCGAUCGAUGACUGUUCGAUGGUUAUCAACUACUCUCUUGAUUCAAGAUUUCGCGAAUUCAAUUAGCCUGAAACGAUUAAAGCGAAGCGUCGAUAAUCUCGUUGGGUCUGCCUGAUUGAUAAGCCAGUAAUGGGAUCGAUCGAUGGGAAUAUUUUAGGGGAAAUGUCAACGAUAAAUUGGACAGUGUCGUUUACAGUCGCCUCCGAUCUGUCCAUAUCGAAAAUUAACGACGGAAGUGUUUUCAAAUUGACUUAAUAAACGUUUGGGUAUCUUUCGGUGAUGCCGCGCGACGAUUAACGAUCUGUAAUUAAGAAGAUCGAUCAUUUCUAAGUGAGGAAAACUUAGGCAUCCCUUGUUAAGAUAAAUUUCGUGGUUAAUUAAAAAUUAUACACCCUUCCGUUUGAUCCACGAAAUAACCGGAAGCUGAUGUUUUCUAUUCAACGAUCGAAGGACUGAUGAAAAGUAGGAUAAAGGAGGGCAUAAAGAAGAAAAAUCACCGAAAGUCGACUAAUAUUGUCAAAGGAAGGUAUAACGUUUUAUGAAACGAGUGUAGAAGACGUCUGAGAGAAUGGUAUCGACAACAUCCUUGUCGAGCUUUAACAACUCGUACAACGGAACGACGUUUCUGAACGAAACCUUCAAGAUGGAUAUCACUGGAGAUAUACUUUGGUACUUUUACGACAAAUUCCACAGCGAGACCAAUUACUUGUUGAUCAUCUUGUACGUACCUGUGAUAGCACUCGCAGUCACGGCCAAUACCCUCGUCAUCGCGGUGGUGUUCAAGUACCAUUACAUGCGCAGUGUCACUAAUUACUUCGUGGUCAACCUGUCGGUGGCGGAUCUACUGGUUACCACUAUUUGCAUGCCAGUGGCUGUCAGUCAAGCAAUUUCCAUAGUAUGGAUCCAUGGGGAAGUUAUGUGCAAGCUAUCGUCCUAUCUUCAGGGUGUUGCCGUGGCGGCCUCGGUUUUCACGAUCACAGCGAUGAGCAUCGAUAGAUACCUGGCGAUAAGAAGUCCUAUGGCGUUUCGUCGUGUAUUUAAUCGUAAGAGCACGAUCUUCGUUAUCGUGGCUCUUUGGCUGGUGGCGUUAAUUAUAUUUGCUCCCGUUUUAAGGGCGAUGACCCUCCAGAGCCCGGGCAUGGAACUUAGCAACAUUACUUUCUACGGAUCGUGGACAAUGUCGAGGAAUUUUACCGAGGAUAUCUCUCGCGUGUCACAACGGCCACCUGCGUUCUACAUUUGUUCGGAGGACUUCAAGCCUCUUGGUAUUAGAGCACAUCUUUUCGGCGCCGUCUGUUUCGUCUUGGUUUAUGCCAUUCCCGGUUUCGUCGUGAUACUCUCUUACUCGAUGAUGGGUCGAACGCUCUGCUCCAGGAAACCGCCCUUCGAUUGCGACAGCGUCGAAGGAAGUGCCAGCUCGCAACAGAGUUUCAGGCUGGUACGGGAGCGACGUCGAAUUGCCUGGAUAUUGCUCCUACUGGCGGUGCUUUUCGCUCUCUGCUGGCUGCCGUACAAUGUUUUAAUGCUGUUAAUCGAUCUCGGAGCAAUCGGAGAAGGAACGGUUACGACCAAUGCUCUAUCCUAUUGCCUGUUUCUGGGACACGCGAACAGCGCCUUGAAUCCUAUUGUCUACUGCUUCAUGACUCGGAAUUUUCGACGAAGCGUGGUGGAGAUUGUUUGUCGCGGUUCCCGUGGCUUGGCACGUAGAAGACCUCGUCGAAGAAGUGUUCAAGGAACGGGGGUGAUCGAUGACGUCUGCGCAGGGUGCAGCGCUGGUGGCACCGUGAGACGAGGAUUGCUACGAAAACGAAGAAUGUUACCCGGAUGCGGAUGCGGGCUACCGAUCGGUGCUCAUCACUCCGUGUUGGCGGUGAAACGAACAGCCACGACGAGCAGCGGAUACGACAGCUUCUACAGCAGACACAGCCCUCACAGACGUUGCUAUAUGCUGCGAAGCCUUCGAGGGAGACCGCAAACACCGACGGGCCAGGCGCAGAACUCGAACAAACGACAGGAAACCUGCUGCGAGAAGAACGUGACUAUUAGUCAACCACGUGUUAAUACCCUCGUUACUACAGACGAACAACGUUGCACUUAAAUACCAUCGAUUACUUAACCAGUGAUCCAACAGUUGUAGACGUUGAGGAAUUUUGGAGUGUUGAUAGUAAUCGAUGAAAAGAUGAAUGGAGAAACGAGUCUCGGGGCAAACGUGAAUAAAUUUUAUCCUAAUCGAAGUAUUUUUUCAUUAUUUAUUCUUGCGACGAAGCAGGGAAACUUUGAUUGAUUGACUUUGAGAUAUUGAAAAUUUGAUACGAAAUUAUUGCAGAAUUGCUGAACGGAACGAGGGAUUUUUUGGUACAAAUAUCGUGUCAUUUUUGGUAGUUCUUUUACGAGAAACUGCGCUACAUGAAUGAUGAACGAAAGAAGAAAGGCACGGGUUGUUGUUAACGAUGUACAGAACGGAGGGGUAAGUUUGUUAAGAGACAAGCAGGGCUACCGUUUCAAAGGAGAGUGUUGACACAGCGAGGAGCACUUAUACUCCAACGACACUGUUUACCGCGUGUCUUUCGCACUCAGUUCCUUCUAACUUCCCUUCGAAAUAAUUCCUGGUAUUAAAACUGAUAAAAAAAAAAAUAUUGCAAAAGGGAUGCAACUGCAACGAGACUGAACGAACGUCAAUCGUUUGCAAAUAUUUGCUCUACUUCGGUAAACCUGUUCGCUCUCAUUUGACGUCGAGCAAUUCAAUUAAAUUCGAUUAAAUUUGAAUUGAAAUAGUCUCGAUAAAAAUAUUUUCCCAGUCAGUUCAGGAAUCAAAGAUAUCAACCAAAGUUUUAAUUGAUUUUUGAAACGGAAGAAAUGGUUGGAUUCAUUUUUUUUUCCUUGAAACCUGACAGAUCUAAGAAACUUUUCUGAAUGGAAGUUGAUCAAAUUGAGAAGGGUGUGUUAAAGCGACAAGGGCGAGCCUUGGUACUCCGAUACUCCCUUGAAUAUUUGCCGACCCUCGAAAUAGAUUGCGCACGAUACGCUGGGAACAGAAAAGUAUCGGGGUAUAUUUAUAAAAAGCGCUUUAUAUCGAUCCAUGUUAUUUCGCUAAGAAGCUCGUUGAGAAGGAUGAUAAGAUUCGUGACAAUUUAGAGGAAGCUUGAUAACCAGGCUUAAAAUGCGUGCAAAGAGUCUGAAACUUUCUUGGAACUUCGCAUAGUUACGUACUUACGGAAAUCUUGUCACGAAAAUAGUUGAAAUACCCGUCUGAAACGCAGCGAGGAAAAAAGGAUGACAUCGACGAGGAAGAAAUCGUUUCACGGAAUGGAAAAAUGAAAAUAGGGUUGGCCCCGCAGAGGAUGAACUCUCGUCGCUGCAGCAGGCAAUCUCUUUACGAUUCUUUUUGAUCGCGAACCGACAGGAAAACGAACGGCCGAUACUGCUUUGGUAAAAAUUUAUUCCACGACGACAAGGUAAUACAUACGAAUUGGACGGACCACCUAGCCGCGUAAAAGUAUCACAAAAAAAGUAUAUUACAAAGAAAUUUAUACGCUACGUUUGUCGACGAGUAGUGUACAAUUAAAGAAAUUGCAACUUUGCCUAUCGCUAAGGACAGAUGGUUCCUCUUAUCGUACGAAAAUGAUAACGCACCGCUCGUUGGCCCCCGUGUAUCGAUUGCCUUCGUUUCACCAUAUUUCUUAUCAAUUUCAACUUCUCUUCGAUACAAUUUCCAUCGCGUUAUUCAGAGGAACACGAAGUUACAGAGAGCGAGUUUUACGAAUCUUCAUCUGGCAUUAUCUGUUUUUUGUUGUUUUUUUUUGUUUAUUCUUAUC